GCCUCCCAGCUGCGUCCGCCGCUGUCCUGUCUGGUCUCCCGGUGUCUGCUCCGCCGCUCCGCGCUCUGCGGCGCUCCCUCCCCGAACCCGACGACUCUGCCACCUCGUUCACCGCCCCGGCUCCCGGUCCUCCCCCCCUCCCCUCAACCCGGUGAAUGCACCAGCGCCGAAACCAUGACGGGCAUCGCCGCCGCUUCUUUCUUCUCUAAUUCCUGCAGGUUCGGGGGCUGCGGUCUUCAGUUCGAGUCUCUCGCCGAGCUCAUCGUCCACAUCGAGGACAAUCACAUCGACACUGAUCCGCGGGUCCUGGAGAAGCAGGAGCAACAGCAGCCCACCUAUCUGGCCCUGAGCUACAUCAACAGGUUCAUGACAGAUGCGGCGCGCCGGGAGCAGGAGACCAUGAAGAAGAAGGCGACACCCAAGCUGUCCCUGUCCAUCACAGGCGGAGUGUCCAGGAACAGCACGGCCACGCCCCCUCGCCACACCAGCGGUAACCUGACGCCUCCCGUCACGCCCCCCAUCACACCCUCCUCCUCUUUCCGCAGCAGCACACCCACAGGCAGCGAAUAUGAUGAAGAGGAGGUAGACUACGAGGAGUCGGACAGCGAUGAGUCGUGGACCACAGAAAGCGCCAUCAGCUCUGAGUCCAUUCUCAGCUCUAUGUGUAUGAACGGGGGCGACGAGAAGCCGUUUGCUUGCCCUGUCCCUGGCUGUAAGAAGAGAUACAAGAAUGUCAACGGUAUCAAGUACCACGCCAAGAACGGCCACCGCACGCAGAUCCGUGUGAGGAAACCUUUCAAGUGUCGCUGCGGCAAAAGCUACAAGACCUCGCAGGGCCUGAGACACCACACCAUCAACUUCCACCCACCAGUCUCCACCGAGAUCCUGCGUAAGAUCCAAGGCUAGAGCCUGGGGAGGCAGCAACCCCAAACACAGCCCUAUAUCGUGACUCUACCUGACCCUUUUAUACCCACCCCACACACUAAAGGAUCAAGUGCAUGCUUUAAGUUCUACUUUUGUUUUCAUUUGUUUUAUUUGGUAUUUUAUUUUUUUCUAUCCACGUUAUAUCACUUGUAUUUUGGUAAGAAAACAAUGUAUCUUCGUAGUAUUUUUAAUGUUGUACAUUUGCACAUUCGUAUAUGCUAUCACGUUACUUUUUUCUAUUGUUUGACUUACAUAAGGUGCUAACUGUAAAAAACAACAGAAAGAAAAGACAAAAAAACAAAUGAUGAACGAGACAGAGGGAAACUUAAAAAUGAAGAUGUGAAACAGGGAGUGCAACCAAGCCCUGGCCCUUUCUCCUGCUAGAAAGAAGUUAACAUUAGCGCUGAUCUGAGGUCAGCUGUCAGUACACUCCUUUUCCUUUAGUUUCCUGAUCUCAGAUCUGUGCUUUGAUGGUAACUUCAGGGGCUAAAGUGCGAGAGUUAAGUUAUACUUUAAAUAGAUAUAUUGAUAUAUAAACAAUAGAUAUGUAUGUGUACAUAAAAAUAUAUCAAAGUAUUCAUGAGCAUAUACAUAAAUAGUUACACUUUAUUUUCAAGCUUUAUUUUAUAUAUUUUUGUCAGUGUUUUAGAUUUGAUGUUUUUUUCUAUGUAUCAAAAAGUGUUCCUUUCAUUCCAUAUUUGCUGGGACAGCCACCUCAGAGGUUCGAGGAGCUGAUUGGGCUCUGAGCGUGUGCAAAAUUCUUGCUGUUAAUUAGGAAGGGACGCUCAGCGCUGAAGGCCCAGGCCAGUAAUUCACGUCUGAAACAUUUCAUCUGGCACAGUACGCCAUCCAUGUACUCCAUAUCUCCAGUGUUUGCUCAUUCUGAGUGCCAGAGCUGCGUUCAAGAGACUUCAUUCUUUACUCCAGUUGCCAAGAUCUUCGUCGAUGUUUGGUUUUUUUUUUUCCAUGAUUGUUGCCAACAGCUCUCCACUGCCAAACAUUGACCAUACCAUGUGCCUG